ACCAGAAGAUGGGACCGGUGUCAUAUUUUGAGCUCUGCCUCCUGGGCUGCCUGGCCUUCAGCCUCUCCGUGGAAGGGAUUCCUGCCAGGAAUCGGUCGUUGUCUCUCGAUCUGCCGCGAUGUCCUUCUGGAGCCUUGAAGUACGACGACAUGUGCUAUGAAUUUCACGAGAAUGCUUUGCCAUGGCAAGAUGCCGAGAAUAACUGCUGGCGAUGGAGAAAAGGUCACCUGGCGACCAUUGAGUCUGCAAGGGAGGAAAAACUGGUUUCCGACUACAUCAGCAGGGAGGGCAACACACAGAUCGCCUGGAUCGGCCUCCAAGGCACAGCCUCUUCCUCCGUGAGCACUUCAUCUUCUAUGUGCAGUGGUGCUUUGGCCUGGGCCCGCACUCGUGGCUCGACCAAGAACCUGGUCAUGGGGCUGGGGCAGCACGAGCGGAUCGAGACCCCAUGCGCAAGCGCAGACGAGAUGCGCUUCUACACCGAGCACCUUAUUGACUUCGCCAAGCAGGGUGAUACAGUGUCACGAUGGCAGGGCUCUGCUUUAUUCAGGUAG